AUUUUUUUUUUGAACAUUCACCAUAUUUUGAUCACACCUCAUAGAAGCUUGCAAGCUGGAAGACUAGGGAAGAACAGUUAUACGCGUAACUUCUUUAGAAAAGAUUUUUUAAAAUUCAGCCAAUUUUUCCAUUUUUAUCAACAGAUUAUUCAUGACAAAAGUCAGAGAAAAUCUGUUUAUUUUUCCUAGAAUAAAUGGCCUCGGGCCAGUUAAUUACUUAACUUAUUUGAGUCUGCUUUCUCAAAUUUAAGAUUAAGAAGGGCGUGAGACUAGAUGCCCUCAGAGAAAAAAAAAAUUAAUUAACUUCAAUAAUUACUUACAGAUUGACUUCAACAAGGCUUCUGGUUCAAUCCUAAUUCAUCCAGAAACAGGAAAAAUAUAGAAUUGUGGGGCUUAUUAAAGUGUCAUAAACACUCCCUUCAAGAUAAGGAGCUUAAUACCUAUGCCCUGGGCUGUAGGCUGGACUUCGUGACUUGCUUUUAACAGCAUGUAGCAGUGAUGGUGUGGCUUCCUCCUUGCUCUUGGUUCACGAGCUCUGGAGAAAGCCAACCACCACCAUGUUGGGAGGACACUCAAGCAGUCCAAUGGAAACUAACCAAGACCUGCCAAUUGCAAGCCCCACCUGCUGGAGCGUGAGCCCCUUUAGAAGCAGAUCCUCUGGUCCAUUCAACACCUUGACUGAAAGACCCUGAUCAGAACCACCUAGCUAUACUCACAGAUUCCUGACCUAUAGAAACUAUAUGAUAAAUGUUUUUCAAACUGUGAACUCUGAUCUAUGUGUGAUUGAUGAAAUCAAUUUAAGGCAUCACCAUUAAAAAUAUAAACUAGUUAGAAAAGACAGAGUAUAUAACUGAUAACAAGUACUAUUUCCUGAAAAUUCUGUUUUAAUUUCACAUAUAUGUGUGUACCAAGUAGCAUUUAACAAUGUAUUUCUUAGAAGCACAAGUGAAAAAGUUUGAAACCCACAAGCUUACACUUAGGUUUAGUUUAAGACAAAAAAUUCCCUAAAGUAUAGGGAAUCUUUAAGGGAAUAUGGUAUCAGUAACAACCAAUUAUAAAAUAAGCAUUUUCUAUAAACUUUAUACCCAAACCAAUGAAAUACAAGACACUCUCAAAAUACAUUUUUUCUGAUUUAAAUGUUAAGCUUGAUAUAAAACACAAAAGGCAUGAUAGACUUGUAAAUCUAGCAUGUAAAGCCAUGUCGUUUUCCUAAUCUAAGAGGUUACCCGUAAAGUUAUGUAGUGAAAAUGCUGCUUUGGGAUCUACCCGCAUUUAUUCUAUUACUUUAAUAAUCAACGUUAAUGGAAAUUCCAUCUUCAACCUGCGCAUACAAACUCAAAUUUCAGCCAAAAGAAAAAAGUUUAAGUACAGUAUUGUUAAAUUGCUUCCUGCCCAGUGUCCAAGUUCACUGAUCUAUCCUCUUUAGAACACAAGCAAGCGCAUAUUUUUCUCAUACUUCAGCAUAACAUACCAAAACUUUCAGCAGCACUAGUUUGCAGAAUAUUUAUGUAUAACAACUUUUGAUGAAUUCCACUCAGGUUAUUUGCUUGCACUGUGAUUUUCUUUGAAAAUGUGUGAAACUACUUUUGAACUCAUUUGCCAAAUCUGUUUCCAAAAUGCAAAAUAAAUCAGCACAUAAACACUAAACAGAUGAUUUAACUUUUUUCUUAUUACUAAAUUUGGGGCAUUUGUGGCUCUCCCACAACCAGACUGACAGCUUCCCUUGGUAUCCUGACAUAUACUAUUUAGCCUUUCUUGCAAGUACUAAGUUUUCUCCCCAACCUUUGCAUAUGUAUCCACCUAAAUGUUUCCACUUCAACCAGUUGUAGAAAGCAGAUAAAAUCUGUAUAGCUUUCCUUAUAACGCUAUUACUUGAUGAUGGUGAUUAAAAAUCAAAAUAAUUAGCAUACUUGACAAAACCCAAGUAUGCGUGCAUGCCUAUGCCUUGAGAGAACUAGCAGUAAAGCAGCCCAGUUCUAAAUUCAAGAGCAGCAGCUCUUGAAAAAUACGAUGGUCCUGACAGCAUUUCCUCUAGGAAUGAGAUUCAGAGUUUCAGAAAUAACCCCUGGGUUUAUUUCUAUACAACUAUAUAUAUAUUACUGAGAAAUUAUUCGCUGAUCUUAAGAAUAAGCAUAGUUACUUUGACUCAAGGCCAAUUACUCUAGACACAUAGGCAAGUGUCUACCCAAAGGCUUCAAUCUAUAACAUUAGCUUUGCCCAUUUUUUCUUUCAGUUUCUCUUAAGUCCGUUCACUCUCCAUGUGAGCACACCAUCAGAUCAUAAACUUAAAAGUUCUUAAGGGUCUAGGUCUAAAAGAACUAAGAACCCAAAGAUCUCUAACUAGGACUCUACCAAUCAAAAUCACUUUAGUAUCCUAAGAAGAUGAAACAGAUCUCAACUGUAGAGCCAAUACAAGAAACCUGCCAUGACAGUCCGAAAGCCAACUUUUAUGUUUUAGUGAUAGUGCACUAGAAAUCCUUUUAUCAGGGUCAGAAUUUGGUUUUGCAGGCAGACACUUAACCACUCAACAAGUCAUUUAUCUAGCUGAUCAAAGAACAAGAAAAGUUCAAGGCAGGUACGUACUAAAUCUAUUGUUCACUUUUGGACUACUAUAGUUACACAGCUGUUUCUUCUGUCUUCAAAGAAGGAAUUAAUCAUCAUUAGUCGCAGUAUAACUGGAUUACUAAACCAAACUCAAGACUUUUAGAAGAGGCACUUCUGUAUGUUAACUGUCUUUAGUGCGCUUGUCUUAAAUAUUAUGCGUCGGCGCACUGUGCUAUGUAACCAAAAUGCGUUGGACAUCAAAUCAAGGAAAUUAUAACCAGGAUAGCAUGCUUUAAAACCAGGCUGUUUUGGAAACUGCAGCUUCCAUUUCCUUACAAAUCAAGCCAUAUUCUUAAGUCUUCAAAAUACUACAAGUAUCAAAUAAACAAAUCAUUAAAUCCAGUCCUCAAAGAACUGAACUCUACUUCCAAAAAUAUAAAAUUCUAGCAAAAUGGCAACGACAGAAAAGUCAACUUUAAAAUGUGAAGAAUGGCCAUCAGAAUAUCUAAGUCCCUUGCCUGCCCUGAUACGUUCAAGGUCCUCCCUGUUAAACGACUUCAGGACCUCUAAAUUUAACAGAACGACCAACUCUGGAAACCACUCUAACAGUACCUCAAUGACCACUUAACAGAAGAGUGAACUGUUCUUAGUAACAAACAUGCUAUGCUUCCCCUUCCAGACGCUUGAUAUUUCUGGACCAAAGCUUCGAAAGCUAAAACCCAAUUACUGAAAUGAGCAUCAAAUUCAAUCUUAACAAAAACGCCUUCCAUCACACUCCACUGAGUCUACAAGGAAGCACCUCUACCACUAGACACAGCACAGGCAUGUCCACUUCAGUAUGACUUCCCAAUUACCACCGGUGAUAAAAGGUAUUCGUGGUUUUACACUUCUCUCCCUGGUUCUCAAGUCUUUAGGUUAAAACUUAUGCUCAUGCGGGAAGUCAAGGGACAAUGAUACAGGCCAGGAGACGUCAAGCGUAAGUUUGCAGAAGGCUCCGAGCAGUUCUCCAUCCCUCCCGCGAGUAUCCCCAGGGCUGUCCUACCUAAACACUUUAUGUAAACACGGGGCUUGUGACUCAAGCCUCCAGCCCCAAUAAGCGGAGAGAAGUUUCCUCGCCUCGGCUGCACAUGGUUUGCAGAAGUUUGGCUGGAGCAGAGCGCGGAGCCUGGGUGGGAGCGGCAGUGUAGUCAGUGCUGCAGGCGGCGGCGGCGGCGGCAGAGCAGCAGGAGGCGGAGGCGGGCGGGGGAAGGGGAGGCGGCGGGGAGGGGGGGCGGAGGGGGCUCUUGCCGCCACUGCUCUCUCGCCGCCUCUCCCCCCCGGCGGGAGCCGCUCUCAGCCUCUUUGCACUAGUCGCUCCGCUCUCUCGGUCAUGUGACCUUAACGUAACCGGACAGGAAAAGCCCCGCCGCCGCCGCCGCCGCCGCGCCGGAGACACCGACCGCGGCGGCAGCAGCAGCAGCAGCGAGAGGCAGAGGCGGCGGCGGGGAGAGCACGGCCAAGGCUGCCCAGCGGUGCCUCCUCCUCACCCCCCGCCGCAGCAGCACCGGCGACAGAUUUUUUAAAAAAUGGAUUUGGCCAACCAUGGACUUAUUCUCCUGCAACAGUUAAACGCUCAGCGAGAGUUUGGUUUCCUGUGUGACUGCACGGUUGCCAUCGGCGAUGUGUACUUCAAGGCACACAAAUCAGUUCUUGCUUCAUUCUCCAAUUACUUUAAGAUGUUGUUUGUCCAUCAGACCAGUGAAUGUGUCCGUUUGAAACCAUCUGACAUCCAGCCGGAUAUUUUCAGCUAUCUCUUACAUUUGAUGUACACCGGAAAGAUGGCGCCGCAGCUGAUUGACCCUGUUCGAUUAGAGCAGGGGAUCAAGUUUCUACACGCGUACCCUCUGAUCCAGGAAGCCAGCCUGGCCAGCCAAGGAGCCUUUUCUCACCCUGACCAAGUUUUCCCACUGGCUUCGUCCUUGUAUGGCAUUCAGAUCGCAGACCAUCAGUUGAGACAAGCCACCAAGAUCGCUUCAGCGCCUGAAAAGCUUGGGCGAGAACCGCGGCCCCAGCCCUCCAGGAUGGGCCAGGAGCAGGUGCCAGAAGCCGCACAGCUCUCUCAGCUGACUUCAAAUGUGACCCAGGUGAAUCGGACCCACAUGACUCCCUCGGACCCACUGCAGACCUCCCUGUCUCCAGAACUCGUUUCCACUCCUGUUCCUCCCCCUCCUCCCGGGGAGGAGACCAAUCUGGAAGCCUCGUCCUCGGACGAGCAGCCCACGCCCCUCACCAUCGCCCAUGUCAAGCCGAGCAUCAUGAAGAGGAACGGCAGCUUCCCAAAGUACUACGCCUGCCACCUGUGCGGGCGGCGCUUCACCCUCCGGAGCAGCCUGCGGGAACACCUGCAGAUUCACACGGGCGUCCCUUUCACAGCCAGCCAACCCGGAGAAGCCCGCGUUCCUUUGUCGCUUUGUAGCAACGCAGCUGACCUAGGAAAAGACGCCAUGGAAGUGCCUGAGGCUGGGAUGAUCAGUGACAGUGAGCUGCAGCACAUCUCAGAUUCUCCAAUCAUCGAUGGGCAGCAGCACUCGGAGACGCCGCCGCCCUCAGACAUCGCCGACAUUGACAACUUGGAGCAGGCGGACCAAGAGAGGGAGGUAAAGAGGCGGAAGUAUGAGUGCACGAUAUGUGGACGCAAAUUUAUCCAGAAGAGCCACUGGAGGGAGCACAUGUACAUACACACCGGGAAGCCUUUCAAAUGCAGCACUUGUGACAAGAGUUUUUGCAGGGCCAACCAGGCUGCCCGGCACGUGUGCCUCAACCAGAGCAUUGACACAUACACCAUGGUGGACAAACAGACACUGGAACUCUGCACAUUCGAGGAAGGGAGUCAGAUGGACAACAUGUUGGUACAAACCAACAAACCCUACAAAUGCAACUUGUGUGACAAAACGUUCUCCACUCCCAAUGAGGUUGUUAAACACUCAUGCCAAAACCAGAACUCAGACGUCUUUGCCCUCGAUGAAGGGCGGUCCAUUCUUCUCGGCAGUGGGGACUCAGAAGUAACGGAACCUGACCAUCCCGUGUUAGCGUCCAUCAAAAAGGAACAGGAAACAGUGUUGUUAGACUGAAUGUUACUUAUCUUUUAAAACUGUCAUUUUUACAAGGACUACCUUCCUUUCCUUCCCCCAAUUCAGAACUAUAGUUCUCCAUGGCAUGAUACAAACAGGGUCCCCGGUCCUUUUCUCCCCUCUCCCAUCCCUGCCGUCCCGAGCCCUUCCUCCAUAAAGGCUUUGUGCAUUAUAAACCUGGAACAUAUUUACUUUAAUUCAGGGGAUAUUGGAAAGAUAAUGGUCAGUAGUACUUAUAAACUCAAAUAGAUUUUGAGUUUUUGAUUAUUUAAAAGCAUACUUGGAACUAAUGAAGGGUUUAUAACAAAACAACUACAAUGCAAUUUGGUAAGCUAAAAUUAUGACUUUCCCUGAGUAAUGUCUUCCUUCUCAGAAAAACAAUGUCAGAAAAUACAGCAUGCUUCUUAGAGACAUACAGCUGGGCUCUGUACUAUGCAAAAUCUAGGUGUGGGGGAGCUUUCAAUCCAAGAGAACAUUCUUAGUAUUCUCCAGGUGUCUUAUUUCAGAAUGCAUCCUUUGAGAUUAUGUCCAGUCAAGAAAAAUCAUUAAGAAAUCUACUUGAACAAAACACAAAAGAGAAAAAGUAAUAAUGUGAUGGCAAUCUUAAUUUUUGGAUAAAACAUGACAAGCUAUGAAUUUGUGUGUUUGUAAGAAAAAAAAAUGUGUGGAUACUUGCUACAAACAGGUGAAGUAAUGCACAUGCCUUAUCUAAUUGCUAGCCUCUUUCAAAGUUGAACGACAAGAAAAUACUGUAUUUUUGUUUCUGACAAAUGCAUUGGUUUUAAAAAUCAGAUUUGAAAGCACUAUUUUUAGACGGUCUUUCUGAAUGGAAUUGAUAUGCCAUUCUAGCAGUUGCCAGUGGUAGAUUUGUUUUGGCACCAACCUACUGCUUUUAAAUCAUUGUGUUUACUGUAGGAAAAAGGAUACAGGAGUAUGCAUCUUAUGGGGGAAGUUGUGAGCUGAACAUGUAGUAACUUUAAGGACUUUAAAAAUUCCCAAUAGUUUACUGGCAACAUUCACGGAAGCAUCAAAAAUGGCAAAGAAAAAUCAGGACAGAAAACCCAGUUGCUAUUUGGGGAAAAAACUUGAUUCUGAUAUUUCGUCUUCAUUUUUUUUCCCCUAAAACCUGAAAUUACCUCUGUUGGCCUGAAAGAAGUAAAAUGUAUCCAUUAGUCUUCCCUUAGGCCAAUAACAGAAUGGUCUCACAGGACAAAACAAGCCAGAAAUAAGGACCGAAGGGGAGAGGGAGGAACAGUUCAUAGCUGUGCUGUACGUAUUGUUAAAACUGACCGUCCUGCCAUCCUGUUUCAUGUAUAGUUGAGUUCUCAGAUUUGUAAGUUUUUAUACAUACUUUCAUUGAAUAAAGUUUAAUUAAAUGAGAA